AGUCAAUAGCUCAGUUCAACUGUUUGUUUACUCCUCUUACCAUCGAAAAGCGGACGCAGCUAUACAGUACAAACUUCCCGAAGAUGUUUAUGCUUUACAGUCUGCUUGCUAUAGCUUUGAUUGUCGAGGUGCAACCGGCAGCUUUACCACAACCGGAUGCGGUUCCCGUUGAGACUGUGAUUGAUGAUAGCAAAGCUAACAAAGAGGCGAAGGCGUCGGUUGACAUGUUCGACAUUGCUCUUCUCUCGGCCAAUUACACCGAAAAAGACCAUGUUAAGGAAGUGGACUCUUACCUGGACACGGCCAUUCAAGUUGAUAAAUUCGGCUGUGGAUCGAGGUUGAUCUGUGAAUUGCAUCGCCGAGCUGAAAGUGAAUUACUGCCUGAAGAAGUUCUUCUGCGAUCUAUGCUCGAUGACAAGCCUUUGGCCGUUUCCGCAGACGGGCCCAAAACUGCCAAAGGUAGGGGAGUGUUCCAGUAUGCGGCAUUCAUCGGAUCAACGGCCAAGAACUCGGAGACUUGCAAUCAAGCUUUUGCUCGUUGUCCAUUCGAUUCGGAAACAAUUCUUCUCGUUUUCAGGGCUAUAGAAAACUAUCCGACGCUGAAAUCCCUCGCCCAUCCAUUUCCUAGUCACAAGCUUCAACCGCCCAAAGAAGAUAAAUCAUCUUAGAUCACGGAGAAUGUUUCCCUAUUCAUAUUGUACUUACUCCAUCUCAGCACGUUCACGAGUCGCUUAAUACGAUUCACGUUUUCUUCCUUUUUAUGUACACGUUUCAUUUUCUCGGAAAUUUUACCAUCAACUUCCUUUUUAAAAAAUGCAAAAUAUAGCAAAUGCCAAAAGUUAA